AUGUGGACUGGGAGACCCGUGGAAGAGCUGCCGAGCCCGGCGUUCACCGUGGACCUGGACACGGCAAAGAGGAACGCCGAGAAGAUGAGGGACCGCUGCAAGGCCCUGGGCGUGGUCUUGAGGCCUCACAUGAAAACCCACAAAACGCUGUAAGUGGCGCCAUGUUGGAUUGUAAUAAUAAAUUACAGGAGGGGCAGAGAAAGAGAUCAUAUGACCAUCUUGCUUGCAAUUUGGCAGGUCUAGUACAGUGGUACCUUGGUUCUCUUUAUAUAUAUAAUUUUUAUUAAUUUCAACAUACCAAUUAUUAUGCAUUCCACAGAACUUCACAUCUUAUACAAUCUUUUUGGACUCUGAUGAUCCACCAUUUUUAUCAUUUCUUCUGCAUUUCUUAAAUUCUAUUGCCUUUAAUUAUCUUAACUCACAAUCCACCUCUUUAACCAUUUUUGCAAUACUUCAAAUAAUUAAUAAUAAUAAUAAUAAUAAUAAUAAUUUAUUAUUUAUACCCCGCCCAUCUGGCUGAGUUUCCCCAGCCACUCUGGGCGGCUCCCAAUCAGUGUUAAAAACAGUACAGUGUUACAUAUUAAAAACUUCCCUGAACAGGGCUGCCUUAAGAUGUCUUCUGAAUGUCAGGUAAUUAUUUAUCUUUUUGACAUCUGAUGGGAGGGCGUUCCACAGGGCGGGCGCCACUACCGAGAAGGCCCUCUGUCUGGUUCCCUGUAGCCUCACUUCUCGCAAUGAGGGAACCGCCAGAAGGCCCUCGGUGCUGGAUCUCAGUGUCCGGGCAGAACGAUAGGGGUGGAGACGCUCCUUCAGGUAUACAGGACCGAGGCCGUUUAGGGCUUUAAAGGUCAGCACCAACACUUUGAAUCGUGCUCGGAAACGUACUGGGAGCCAAUGCAGAUCUCUCAGAACCGGUGUUAUGUGGUCCCGGCGGCCACUCCCAGUCACCAGUCUAGCUCACAAUUUACCUCACAAAACUUCUUGCAAAUCUACAAACGUAAUCUGGUCAUCACAAUUACUUUUCAAAUAGUACGUAAAUUUACACCAGUCUUCUGUGAAUCUCUGGCCCCACAGGUUUCGAAUUCUGCCGGUUAGUUUAUCCAAUUCUGCAUAGUCCAUCAAUUUCAUCCUCCAUUCUUCUUUUGUCAGUAAUUCUUCUUGCUUCCAUUUUUGUGGUACCUUGGUUCUCAAACGCCUUGGUACUCAAGCAACUUGGAACACAAACACUGCAAACCCGGAAGUAUGUGUUCCGGUUUGCGAAAUUUUUUUGGAAGCCAAACGUGCUCCGUUUGGAGUGUUACGCUUCCGAUUUGGGUGUCACGCUUCCAUUUUGAGUGUUAUGCUGAGGUCUGCCUGUUUUUGCUAUGUAUUUUGUGUUUUUGUGGCUCUUUUUCGUUUUGUUUUUGUGAUUGUGUGGAACUCAGUUCAGCUACUGAUUGAUUGAUUGAUUGUGUGACUGCAAUACAUUGUUUAUUGCUUUCAUUUUAUGGAUCAGUGGUCUCGUUAGAUUGUAAAAUCCAUGUUAAAUUUCUGUUUUAGUGGUUUUAAAAAAUCUGGAACGGAUUAAUCCGUUUCGCAUUACAGCGUGCCUUGGUUUUGGAACGCUUUGGUUUUGGAACGGACUUCCGGAAUGAAUUAAGCUUGAGAACUAACGCACCACUGUAAAUCGAAUUCCGAAUCCUGAAAAAGGAACCGGAUAUCGAAAUCCCGCACCUACGGCUUGAAAUCUGCUCCAAAUUUUGUAAAGUUUGCCUCCCAAUCUUCGCGUAUUACCCUAUCAUUUGUUUAUAAUCAUCCUUUUAUAGCCCAAAGGCCACCGCCACCCUGCCCCUUGCUUUUUUGCAGGAAUUUUGUAUCUUGAGCUCGCCAGAUCUGUUCCACAUUUUGCUAAUCUGCUGGGGGACUGAGCAGCCUGUGGAUUCCUUGUCUGGGUUUCCCGAAAUGACUCGGUAAUUGGUCUCUCAUGCGUAGGAGAAAAGAUAGGUUCCGCGUUGUGUUGCCGCCUGAGAAGGAAAUUCCCAAGGAUUUAUUGCAUUUCUAUCCAUUUAUCCAAUCUAGUCUCCUUUUUCAAUACCCUUUAUCAAAUUAUAUUACAAGUGCUAAUCCAAACCUACCAACGUUUUUAAAUGUUUGCAAUGCCGCUUCAUAUAUUCUGUAAAGUUAAUCCAUUCAUUUCUAAAAAUUUUGUCUUCUUGGUGUCUAAUCUUCCUGGUCAAUUUCGACAGAGAAAAGCCUUUACGGCUUUGCAGAUCCAGUCUAUGUGCUUUGGCCGUGGCGUAAUGUGGGUUGCCAGGGCCCGGGGCUGCUCGGGAGUGUGCGUGGAGUAUGCAUGGGAAGAGUAGAAGGGAAGCCACUGAUACCUUAAGGAUGUAAAAACGAGUACAGUAGUACCUUGGUUCUCAAACUUAAUCCGUUUUGGAAGUCCGUUCCAAAACCAAAGCGUUCCAAAACCAAGGCAUGGUUUCCCAUAGAAAGUAAUGCAAAACGGAUUAAUCCAUUCCAGACUUUUAAAAACAACCCCUAAAACAGCAAUUUCACAUGGAUUUUACUCUCUAACAAGACUAUUGAUCCAUAAAAUGAAAGCAAUAAACAAUGUACAGUGGUACCUCGGGUUAAGUACUUAAUUCGUUCCGGAGGUCCGUUCUUAACCUGAAACUGUUCUUAACCUGAAGCACCACUUUAGCUAAUGGGGCCUUUCGCUGCCGCCGCACGAUUUCUGUUCUCACCCUGAAGCAAAGUUCUUAACCUGAAUCACUAUUUCUGGGUUAGCGGAGUCUGUAACCUGAAGCGUAGGUAACCUGAGGUACCACUGUACUGCAGUCACACAAUCAAUCCAUCAGUAGCUGAACUGGGCUCCACACAGUCACAAAAACAAAACGAAAAAUAGCCACAAAAAACGCAAAAUAAAGAGGAAAAACAGACAGACCUCUGCAUAACACUCAAAAUGGAAGUGUGGCACUCAAAUCGGAAGCGUAAGACUCAAAACGGAGCACAUUCGGCUUCCAAAAAAUGUUUGCAGACCGGAACACUUCCGGGUUUGCAGUGUUUGGGUUCCAAGUUGUUUGAGUACCAAGGCGUUUGAGAACCAAGGAACCCCUGUACUUCAUAUUGUAAAAAUUAUAGGGGGGAAAUGAAUAUACAGUGGUACCUCAGGUUACAUACGCUUCAGGUUACAUACGCUUCAGGUUACAUACGCUUCAAGUUACAUACUCCGCUAACCCAGAAAUAGUGAUUCAGGUUAAGAAGUUUUGCUUCAGGAUGAGAACAGAAAUCGUGCUCCGGUGGCGCAGCGGCAGCGGGAGGCCCCAUUAGCUAAAGUGGUGCUUCAGGUUAAGAACAGUUUCAGGUUAAGUACGGACCUCCGGAACGAAUUAAGUACUUAACCCGAGGUACCACUGUAUAUAAUAAUCGUAACUGCGUUCUUCCCUCAGGGAGGGCGGAAGUCUCGUGACCGGAGGCACCCUGAGGAAGAUUGUGGUGUCCACGUUGGCUGAGGGCCGAUUCUUCGCUGAUGGCGGCUUUGACGACAUCCUCUACGCCUACCCUCUGCCUUUUGACAAGGUGGAAGAGUGUGCAGCCUUGGCCGAGAGGCUGGAUGCUUUCCAUGUCCUCGUGGACAGCCACGCGGCGCUGUCCCUCCUGAAGAAGAGGCCCUUGAGCCAUGGGAAACGCUGGAAAGUAUGGCUGAAGAUCGACUGCGAGAACCACCGAGGUACCGGGGGCUCUUGCCGGGGGCAGGCCAGCACCCGCUCUGCCAGGGUGGCUGGCGCAGGGCAUCUCAUUUUGGGGUGCGGAACUUAAUACUAGGGACGUGGGUGGCGCUGUGGGUUAAACCACAGAGCCUAGGUGUGAUGGCCUGGAAGAUCGCGAUUCAGAGGCCCGACACUGGAGUGAGCUCCAGCCUGCACAGGUCCCUGCUCCUGCCAGGACCUGGCUGAGCUGGGGCAGGGCCUUGAUUCUGAUGCAGCCUGCACCUAGGUGCCGGAUCCGUCAGGAGCAGGCACCAGUUGAAUCACUCUGGCUCCGGAGAGCAGAUGGAAGGACGUAUUGCCUGCAGGUGCGUCUCUAACCAGCAGACACUGUCAGGCGACCAGUGAGUCUGCCCCAGAAGUGGUCCAGUAGACUCACCUGGCCUCUCUGAGCUGCAGAGGCUCAAGGGCAAAGAGGCGGAGUGGCGCUGUGGUUUCUCCCAGGACCUAGGACUUGCUGAUCAGAAGGUCAGGCGGUUCGGAUCACCGCGAUGGGGUGGGCACCGCUGCUCGGUCCCUCAACUGCCAACCUAGCAGUUCAAAAGCACAAAGUGCAAGUAGAUAAAUAGAUACCACUCCGGUGGGAAGGUAAACGGCGUUUCCAUGCGCUGCUCUGUUUUGCCAGAAGCGGCUUAGUCCUGCUGGCCACAUGACCCGGAAUCUGUACUCCGGCUCCCUCGGCCAAUAAAGCGAGGGCUUAAUUACUGUGAAAGCAGUAAGGGUGUGCUUAGUUUUUCCCACAUGGUUUUUCCCAUUUUGGCUUUAUUUCCGUUAAAUAAAUCAUGACACGGAGUAAUAUGUCAUUGUUACGAUAUAGAAGGAAUGCGGCCGCGAGCUGGUAGCUUGAAAGCAAAACAUAAUGGGAAUGUUGGGACUGUUCCGUGGGAAACAGAGGGACAGUCAAUUCACAGUGCAGAGGGCACCGGAAUUAGCUCAGAGUGUAAUAUGAGCUGUACAGGAAGUACAGGAGGAGUUUGUCUCUCGACUGCUGAAGCUUGAAGAGAGCAGUCAUGAUUUCUGUAACGCUGCAAAGACAGAAAUAAAGGCAUGUAAAUACGUUUCUGUCUAUCUCUUUCCCCUGCCUGGGGGGGCAGGAAAGAGGGGGUGUGUUCUUCUCACUCUGAGAAGGAUCGCCUAUCGCAACCUCUGCCUGGAUCCUGCUGGGGAAUGCAGACAGGGAGGUCAACAGGUCAACAGGAGAUCAAGCUGGAGAGUGGCCAGUUUCUCCUGAUAAAGGCUUGAUUCCCAACAGCCAUGUGUCAUUGUUCAUCUGAGGUUGCAUUUACCUAGUUUUAAGACCUGCUAAGAAACAAGUGGCUGUUAAUCAUGUUCUGAUCUGUACAACCACAGAAUUCAAAGAGGGCGCGUUUUCUUUUCCCCACGACCAUAUUAACGAAACCAAAAUAUCUUUUGAAUUCUCCGGUCGUGUUGCGACUUUUGAGCACCCCUCUCAUUUUGGGAAGUCAGAAGUUGAACAAUUUAGCACCCCUUUCAUGCAGCUACGUAGCUCAGCCCAUGGAGAGGCAAACUAAGGCUCGAGGGCCGGAUCCGGCCCAAUCGCCUUCAAAUCCGGCCCGUGGACGGUCCAGGAAUCAGCAUGUUUUUACAUGAGUAGAAUGUGUCCUUUUAUUUAAAAUGCAUCUCUGGGUUAUUUGUGGGGCAUAGGAAUUCGUUCAUUAUUAUUUUUGUCAAAAUAUAGUCCAGUCCCUCACAAGGUCUGAGGGACAGUGGACCGGCCCCCUGCUGGAAAAGUUUGCAUGAGUUUCUUAAUCUCAGGGUUGUGUGAGUCGAGCCCCAUGUUGGGCAAAACAUCCUUGCAUUGCUGGAGGAAGGGACUAUACGAUUCUCCCUUCCAGCUCUACGAUUCUAUGGACUCCCCAUGCAUGGCGGAGCCUGGGGGUUUGGGGUGGGGCUUGGAGGCUUGGAGACAAGGGGCGGAGCCACAGCUUCCUCCUCCUCGCUGCUGCUUGUGGAACUCAACUGGGAGGAGGAUAGAAGCAAACAUGGAACAACUCCUGCAAUCGUUGGCUCUGUGGCGCCCCCUUGUUGUUGUGGUUGUUUAGUUGUUUAGUCGUGUCUGCCUCUUCGUGACCCCAUGGACCAGAGCACGCCAGGCACUCCUGUCUUCCACUGCCUCCCGCAGUUUGCUCAAACUCAUGCUGGUAGCUUCCAGAACACUGUCCAACCAUCUUGUCCUCUGUCGUCCCCUUCUCCUUGUGCCCUCCAUCUUUCCCAACAUCAGGGUCUUUUCCAGGGAGCCUUCUCUUCUCAUGAGGUGGCCAAAGUCUUGGAGCCUCAGCUUCAGGAUCUGUCCUUCCAGUGAGCACUCAGGGCUGAUUUCCUUCAGAAUGGAGAGGUUUGAUCUUCUUGCAGUCCAUGGGACUCUCAAGAGUCUCCUCCAGCACCAGAAUUCAAAAGCAUCAAUUCUUUGGCGAUCAGCCUUCUUUAUGGUCCAGCUCUCACUUCCAUACAUCACUACUGGGAAAACCACAGCUUUAACUAUACGGACCUUUGUUGGCAAGGUGAUGUCUCUGCUUUUUAAGAUGCUGUCUAGGUUUGUCAUCGCUUUUCUCCCAAGAAGCAGGCGUCUUUCAAUUUCGUGACUGCUGUCACCAUCUGCAGUGAUCAUGGAACCCAAGAAAGUAAAAUCUCUCAGUGCCUCCAUUUCUUCCCCUUCUAUUUGCCAGGAGGUGAUGGGCCCAGUGGCCAUGAUCUUCGUUUUUUUGAUGUUGAGCUUCGGACCAUAUUUUGCGCUCUCCUCUUUCACCCUCAUUAAAAGGUUCUUUAAUUGCUCCUCACUUUCUGCCUUCAAUGUUGUGUCAUCUGCAUAUCUGCAUAUCUGAGGUUGUUGAUAUUUCUUCUGGCAAUCUUAAUUCCGCCUUGGGAUUCAUCGAGCCCAGCCUUUCGCAUGAUGAAUUCUGCAUAUAAGUUAAAUAAGCAGGGAGACAAUAUACAGCCUUGCCGUACUCCUUUCCCAGUUUUGAACCAAUCAGUUGUUCCAUAUCCAGUUCUAACUGUAGCUUCUUGUCCCACAUAGAGAUUUCUCAGGAGACAGAUGAGGUGAUCCGGCACUCCCAUUUCUUUAAGAACUUGUGGUCGACACAGUCAAAGGCUUUUGCAUAGUCAAUGAAGCAGAAGUAGAUGUCUUUCUGGAACUCUCUCGCUUUCUCCAUAAUCCAGCGCAUGUUUGCAAUUUGGUCUCUGGUUCCUCUGCCCCUUCGAAAUCCAGCUUGCACUUCUGGGAGUUCGCAGUCCACAUACUGCUUGAGCCUGCCUUGUAGAAUGGAUAUUGCCAUAGUUUGCUUUCCGCCCUAUCAAGUCCCAACGGGCACCAGCCAGAAAACUUGUGUGCUAUACAUCUCCCAUCCCUUUUUCUCCGCUUUAAUUCCAGCCGGCCUGAGGCAUUCGGACCCCACCGCCCUGGAGCUUGCCAAGGCCAUCGCAGAAGGGGCAACCGAACUGGCGGGGAUAUACGCACACUGCGGCAAUUCCUACAGCUGCCACGGAGCGUCCGAAAUCCAGUCCGUGGCUCGCACCACCACUGCGUUGACCCUGAAGUUCAUGGACCAGUGAGUGCUUUUAAGCCUUCAUUCUCUUGCAGGAUAUAUUUAUUGAUUUGCUGCUUUAAAUAUCCCACCUUUUCCCCUCUAAGGAGCUCAAGGUGGCGUACGCUAUUUAUUUAGUCCCCACAACAACCCUGUGAGGUAGGUCAAACUGAGACGCAGCGGCUGGCCUAAUAAUAAUAAUAAUAAUAAUAAUAAUUUAUUAUUUAUACCCCGCCCAUCUGGGUGGGUCUCCCCAGCCACUCUGGGCAGCUUCCAACAAAGUAUUAAAAUACAGUGGUCUGUUAAACAUUAAAAGCUUCCCUAAACAGGGCUGCCUUCAGAUGUCUUCUAAAUGUCAGGUAGUUGUUCUUCUCUUUGACAUCGGGUGGGAGGGCAUUCCACAGGGCGGGCGCCACCACCGAGAAGGCCCUCUGCCUGGUUCCCUGCAACCUUGCUUCUUGCAGUGAGGGAACCGCCAGAAGGCCCUUGGCGCUGGACCUCAGCGUCCGGGCAGAACAAUGGUGGUGGAGACGCUCCUUCAGGUAUACUGGGCCGAGACCGUUUAGAGUUUCAAGGUCAGCACCGACACUUUGAAUUGUGCUUGGAAAUGUACUGGGAGGCAAUGUAGGUCUUUCAAGACCGGUGUUAUGUGGUCUCGGCGGCCGCCUCCAGUCAGCAGUCUGGCUGCCGCAUUCUGGAUUAGUUGCCGUUUCCGGGUCACCUUCAAAGAUAGCCCCACGUAGAGCGCAUUGCAGUAUCUCUCGCUUGGAUUACGAAGGUCACCCAGUGAGCUUCAGCACUGAAGGAGGAUUCGAACUCAAGUCUGAUAUACUUCCGCCACUCUGGCUUUGAGCCACUAGGAGCUGCCGUGGCUGAGUUGGGCCCAAACUCCAUCUUGCCCUAGUUUAACAGAGCAAGGGGAGUAGCUGGCCGGAUCUGGAGCAGGCAAACAAUGGGGCCCAGAAUCCGGUCCAAUACCGGCUAGCAGGCAUGACAAGGCAGCAGGAUCCUGUGAUCCUAUAGAAUCAUAGAACUGUAGAGUUCGCAAUCCCAACCUUAGGAUUCCACAUGUUAACGCUCUUUGAUUGCAUUUCUUAACGCAAGAGCGACUACAAAUAGCUGAGUUGGUAGAGCAUAAGGCUCUUAAUCCCAGGGUCACGGGUUCGAACCCGUGUUGGGCAAGGAGAUUCCUGCAUUGCAGGGGGUUGGGCUACAUGACCUUCAGGAUCCCCGUAGAAUUCUGUGUACAGUAGUUUUAUUUUUUAAAAAAAGAGGUGCAUUUUGUGUGCUUACUCCCCCAUGUGGCCGCUAGGGGGCAGUGGGCUGUCAGCAUCAAAAGUCCCUUAUGGUCCAUAGCGGAAACAACUAAGUCUGUUUUGGUUUUCAUUAUGUAUUUUGGGUUUUUUCAUAUUGCAUUUUAUGCUGUCAACCGCGCUGAGACCUGGAGGUAUAGGUUGGUAUACAAAUUUAACAAAUAGUAAUACAGCUUAACAAAUAUCGUUGUUUCCAUACAAUAUUCACUUAGCAUUUUGACUCCCCAUUCUUAACUUCCAUGAUGUUUCUGUUCAAAUCCUUUAUCUUAAACAUAAUACUUAUUAACAUAUAUCCUACAUUACGUUCUUUUAUUGUUCUCGUUCCUUUGCCAUUUCCUUUGGCUGUAAUAUUUUCCCAGAUAAUCCCAAAAGGUUCUCCGCUCUUCCACGAAUGUUUUUGUCUUUUGGGUCUCUUAUUUUUGCCGUCCAUUUUGCCGUCUCUAUACAGGUCCCGUAGUUUUAAAUUCCACUCCUCUUUCGCCGGAACGUCUUCCAAUGUUCUCUCCCUCUCUUUGCGAGGGUAUGAGAAAGUUUCCUGUUUUAUUGGGGCAAAUUCCCCUCAGAUGUUUCCGUGGAGGUUCAGAUUAGUUGCAGGCAGGAAGUGGAACACAGUUUAGGGGCAGGAGGAGGGAUGGCGGAGUGGGGGGCGGGAGAGGAGAAUAAAGCAAGGGGGUGCAGACACAAUACUUUCCAGGCCCGGCCUUUAAAUCACCCACAUGCAAAGCAGACAAGAAAAAGGGGGAUUCGACGGAGAGACCACCAUCCUUUUCCAGCCGUUGGAAGUUCAGAGCCUUUGAUGCGAGCUUUGAUGUAAUGGGAACUCAGAGCAAUCAAGUGGGACAUCGUACCCUCCAACAUUUCUCUGGUGAAAACAGGGACGUCCCGUUCCAAAACGAUAAUUUUUGCUGUUUAUACCCCACACAUCUUAGUGGGUUGCCCCAGCCGCUCUGGGCAGCUUCCAACAUAUAUAUAAAAGACAUAAUUAAACGUUAAAAAAACCCCAAACUUCCCCAUACAGGAUUGCCUUCAGACAGGUCAGGGGUCAGAUAACUCCAUACACUCCAAAAUUUCCCCUGUGAAAAUAGGGGCAUCCUACCAUCCCCUCCAACAUUUAUCUGAUGAAAACAGGGACGUCCCGUUCUGUCAUGAUAAUUUUUGCUACUUAUACCCCACACAUCUUACUGGGUCGCCCCAGCCACUCAGGGAAGCUUCCAACAUAUAUAAAAAGCUACCCUGGGCGGCUUUACAGUAUGUAUAAAAACAUAAUAAAAUGUCAGACAUUAAAACCUACCCGAUACAGGGCUGCCUUAAAAAAUAAUAAAAUAAUUUUUAAAAAAUUAAACGUUAAAAAACCCAAAACUUCCCCAUACAGGAUUGCCUUCAGAUGGCUCAGGGGUCGGAUAACUCCAUACCCUCCAACUUUUCUCCAGUGAAAAUAGGGACGUCCUAAGGAAAAGUGCCUGUUGUCUUUGUCCAUGGAGUUUUCUUGGCAGGGAUACUGGAGUGGCUUGCCGGUUCCUGCUCCAGGUGGAUCACGUUUGGUCAAAACUCUCCACUAUGACCUGUCCAUCUUGAGUGGUCCUGCAUGGCAUAGUUCAUAGCUUCUCUGAGUUGUUCAAGCCCCUUCGCCACAGCAAGGCACUGAUCCAUGAAGGGGAUUGAUUCAAAAUGGGGAAAGGAGUACAACAAGGCUGUAUAUUGUCUCCCUGCUUAUUUAACUUAUAUGCAGAAUUCAUCAUGCGAAAGGCUGGGCUGGAUGAAUCCCGAGCCGGAAUUAAGAUUGCCGGAAGAAAUAUCAACAACCUCAGAUAUGCAGAUGACACAACCUUGAUGGCAGAAAGUGAGGAGGAAUUAAAGAACCUUUUAAUGAGGGUGAAAGAGGAGAGCGCAAAAUAUGGUCUGAAGCUCAACAUCAAAAAAACGAAGAUCAUGGCCACUGGUCCCAUCACCUCCUGGCAAAUAGAAGGGAAGAAAUGGAGGCAGUGAGAGAUUUUACUUUCUUGGGCUCCAUGAUCACUGCAGAUGGUGACAGCAGCCACAAAAUUAAAAGACGCCUGCUUCUUGGGAGAAAAGCAAUGACAAACCUAGACAGCAUCUUAAAAAGCAGAGACAUCACCUUGCCAGCAAAGGUCCGUAUAGUUAAAGCUGUGGUUUUCCCAGUAGUGAUGUAUGGAAGUGAGAGCUGGACCAUAAAGAAGGCUGGUUGCCGAAGAAUGGAUGCUUUUGGAUUAUGGUGCUGGAGGAGACUCUUGAGAGUCCCAUGGACUGCAAGAAGAUCAAACCUCUCCAUUCUGAAGGAAAUCAGCCCUGAGUGCUGACUGGAAGGACAGAUCCUGAAGGUGAGGCUCCUAUACUUUGGCCACCUCAUGAGAAGAGAAGACUCCCUGUAAAAGACCCUGAUGUUGGGAAAGAUGGAGGGCACAAGGAGAAGGGGACGACAGAGGACGAGAUGGUUGGACCGUGUUGUUGAAGCUACCAGCAUGAGUUUGACCAAACUGCGGGAGGCAGUGGAAGACAGGAGUGCCUGGCGUGCUCUGGUCCAUGGGGUCACGAAGAGUCGGACAUGACUAAACAACUAAACAACAACAACAAGGUAUGAUGUAUCUGGGGGGGGUGUCUUGAGCUACACCCCUUCUGUGAUGUAUGUAUGAUGUUCCUGGGGGUGGUCUUGAUCUACAGGGUGGCAAUUUCAAAAGUCUUGCGCGCCAUUGUUCUGGGUUCCUCCUCCCUCCUCCGUGUGAGGGGAGCACCCUGUUGAAACAGAUCAAUUAAGAUCAGGCUUACUAGCUGCUUUGCUUCUCAAUAUUCUCUGGUUGGCCUCUGUUAUUUUCUCCUACCAAUAGGGAACCUAUGUAAGGACUCUAUAUGGGCUCUUGGAUACCCUGUAAGGGGAAAAGGACAGAUUUUGUUUACAAAAUGGCUAGUAGCCAUCGAUCGCUGUCUCCCUGUGGUCAUCUCUUCGUCUUGUGGCAGCGAGUCCCACGGGUUAAUCCUUGCACUGCCCAGUGCUUGCCUCCCAUCCUGGUGGCAUCUCGGUGGCAUUUCCCUCCAGUGGCGUAGUGUGGGGGGUGCAGGGGGGGCCGGCCGCACCGGGCGCAACAUCUGGGGGUUAGGGUUAGGGGGCGCAAAUCCACGGGUUAGGGGGCGCAAAUUACUUGCCUUGCCCCGGGUGCUGACAACCCACGCUACGCCACUGUUUCCCUCUCCCCCCCACGUGCUUAUGGGUCAAAGCACUCCUACACACAAGCCAGCUGUCCUUUAUGUCCUCCACCAGUUAAAAAGGCCGUAAAUGCAGCUCUCUGGCUUGCUUUUACGAGGCACCCGGCUAAUAUUAUGCUGUGUCCCUCCUCCUCCUCCUCCCUUAGUUUCAGGUGAGGGCCUUUGAAUUCAGGUGAGGGCCUUUGAAGCUGCCUCUUCAAAGGCCGCGGGAAAGUUGUGGCUGAUGUUUGCCAACACAACUUGCAAACACACCCACACAAAGCCAGAUCUUGGUUCACACCCUGGAGGGAAUGGCUGGGGAGGUUUAGCGCAUGGCUGUGAAUGUGGGGAGGGUGGAGUAAUUUUUUGCAUUGGGGGAAGCGUACCCUCCAACAUAACAAUGAUAUACACUGAAAUUCAGCCAGGGGGAUUUGAGGAAGUCACUGAAUAAUGUUACUAAGAUUGGAUUAAGUAUAAUUAAGAUGUAUGUAUGUUUGUUUAAAUUUUUUGGGAAAUCAAUAAAAGAAAAAAGAAAAAUUGCUUUCUUUUAUCCGUUCUGAAUCUUCCACUAUUCGCCUUCGUUGAGGAAAGGAUUCUUGGUUUGCUAAAAAACAGGUAUUCUGCGCCGGGUGUCAUAUAUUCAGAAACCAUCUUCCUGGGAGUCCAGGAAGACUGGCUCCCUGCCUUACAAGCCUUUUCCCACCUGGCUUGGGCAGGCAGGGCGUGGACUGACUCCAGCUACAAAAGCUGAGACUGUUGAACAGACUCUUGGGCUGCGGUUAUAUUUGGAGGGUUCUUGCUGUUGGCUUUUUUGUAUCUUUGUUCUAGCUCUUGUUGUGAUCUGUGUGGAAAUGGUUCCGUUUGGUUGUGCAAUUUUUAAAAAAAAUGUUUUAUUUAGCUCAGAUGGUGGAGAAUGAGACUUUUCAUUUUGGGGUUGUGGAUUCGAGUCACACCUUGGGCAAAAGAUUCCUGCAUUGCAGGGGGUUGGACUAGAUGACCGGGGGGUCCCUUCCAACUCUGCAAUUCCAUGGCUACUUUUGUGAUGCUGUAAUUAUGCGCUUUUUCCAUGUCAUAAGCCGCCUUGAUCAUGGUCUGAACUGCGGAAAGGCCAGGAUACAAAUAAAAAACUACGUGUGCAUGCAUGCCUAUUGCUCACGAUUCUAUCCAAUUCUGCAGAGUGUUUGAGGACUGGGACAUUCGCAGGGAAACCAAAAUGCUUGUCAACAAACUAUUGUACUACCAACCUUGCUGUGUGCUUGUGAAACAUGGACCACUUAUAAACGCCACCUCCAACUCCUCGAAAGAUUCCAUCAACAGUGUCUCCGAAAAAUUUUACACAUCACUUGGGAAGACAGGCGAACUAAUACCAGUGUACGGGAAGAAGCAAAGAUCACCCAUGUCAAAGCAAUGAUUUUUCAACAUCAACUUCGUUGGACUGGUCAUGUUGUGUGGAUGCUGGAUGAUCGUCUUCCAAAGCAGCUAUUCUACUUCCAUUAAAAAUGGAAAGCGUAGUGCUGGUGGUCAACAAAAGAGGUUUAAAGACUGUCUCAAGGCAAAUCUUAAAAGAUGUAGUAUAAACACUGAAAACUGGGAAACACUGGCUUGCGAGCGCUCCAGUUGGAGAACAGCCUUUCCCAAAGGUGCCAUGGGCUUUGAAGACACUCGAACUCAGGACGCAAGGGAGAAACGUGCUAAGAGGAAGGCACGCUUGGCAAAUCCACACCGUGAUCAACUCCCGCCCGGAAACCAAUGUCCCCACUGUGGAAGGACGUGUGGAUCUAGAAUUGGCCUCUGCAGUCACUUACGGACUCAUUGUUAAAACCGUGUUUAUGGAAGACAAUCUUACUGGACUACGAGCUAUCCCCUAAACUUGUUAGUUUUUGGAGUGCUCCAAGACCAUUAGUUUUUGGAGCUGAGGUAUUAUUAAUUAUUUUCCCCCUUUAUCUUACUCAGGACCUUGAUUUCCCAUACAAUGAACGUGGCACAAAAUAUUGGUAUUCAAAAAGACCUUUAUUUUAAAAACAUAAAUUAGAAAGGCAUUUAUUUAUUCAUUUAGAAAACUGAAGGUGGCUGGCUUAAGUCCUGUGGUUGGGCAACUGUCCCUGGAAAAUAGGAGCACUUGGAGGGUUUGCUUUCACUAUGGGGUCCUUUUACAUUACAUUUCCUUCUGAAUUCACGCCCCUUAUCUCCAGCCACCAAUAAGUGGUGGGGUGACAAAAGCAGUUGUGAUUUCUUUUGAUUUUCUUGGCAGCUACGUAGGCGAGAUGAGCCCAAGAGCCCAGAGGGCGCAAAUGUUGGCAACUCGUUUCUGUGUCCCCGGAUGGCCCUGCCUGCCCCCAAACUCCAGGGGUUGCUCCCCCCCACCAAAAACUGCCUCUUUCCCCUUAUUCGCCAUGUCCGUUUGUGACAUCACAGGGAGUUGGUAGAUGUCUAUGACAUCACAGGGAGUCCGUCGCCAACGAUCACAUCUGGGGAAACAUCUGCACAGCCCUCGCUGGCCUCACAAUGGGAGGGCACCUCAACAGUCAUUUAUUAAAAAUAGGUGUGUCCCCCCUCAUUGUGAGGCCUAGGAGGGCUGUGCAGAUGUUUCCCAGCUGUGGUAAUUGGUUACCAACUCCCUGUGAUGUCACAAGGGGGUGCAGCCCCCUCUUCCUAUGACAUCACUACUUAGAAAUUUCCCAUAUAAUAAAAACAUGGCACAAAACAGGGAUUUCUUUUCAGAAAACAUUUAUUUUGUAAAAAAUUAGAAAGGCGUUUAUUUAGAAAACAGGAACUGUCUGGCUUAAGUCCUGCGGUUCUCUUCAUGACUUUCACGGCUGGUCUCGGGGGAAACCUCGCCGGCUCCGGCCAUUCCUGAAAGGCAAAGGCAAACAGAUGAGUGGGGUGACCACCAUCCGACAGCGUCAACCCAGACUCCCCUGGCUUCCGCCUGGCAACUUCACCCCUGGCAGGCCUGCGCAAAAAUGGGCAGGCUCCCGGAGAUGAAGGAAAACCAGUUCUCGUUCACAGAUAGCAGCCAGCUUCAUCAGCCUUGCGGCCUCCGCUGGCGUCUGUUUGUGAAGUCCGCUGGCUCCAGUUGAGCACCUCCAUGGCUGUGCCGGGCAUCUUCCCUCCUCAAUUUGGCCAUCCGUUUAAUGUCAAGAGGCCUAGGCCUUUUGUCAUUAAAUGGAUGGACCAAAGACAUGGGUGAAUGCCAGCCAUGUCCACAAAUAGCAGCCAGCUUCAUCAGCCUUGCGGCCUCCCUUGGCGUCUAUUUGUGAACACUGGCUUCACCUAGACGCCUCCACAAGCUGCCGAAUGGGCAACUUUCCCUCCUCACUACCAGCUGGUCCACACCUGCAAAUAUCAGCCAGCUUCAGCUUAGGGCGUCCACUGACAUCAUUUAAAUGCAAAUGCAAAUCACAACUGGUUUCCGCCUAGGGGCAUUCACCCGCUGCUCUAGCGGCAGCUUCCCUCCUCGGUUUGGCAGCCUGUUAAUAAACAAACUAGGCUUCCAAACCACAGUUUGCACCCAUUUCGACAGGCGUAGCCUCGCGGCAUCCACUAGCCUGAAUGCAAACUCUUCCGGCAUCCAUCCACCACCAACAGCCUGGCCAGGUCCAUCGCCAGACGUAAGCCAGCUUCAGAGCUGAAUAUCGGCCGCCUUCAGGUAGCGAUCCCACUAGCAAGUCAACUGGAACUUGCCUUCUCCUUGCUCCACAGCAUCCCAACGCCAGGCGAUCGCCUCCUUCCACUUGCUAGCUUGCCACAACCGUCUGGUCUUGGGGAAAACCUCACCGCCAUUGGAUUUCCCUGAAAGGCAAAGGCAAACACGUUGAUGGGAUGGCGACUAUCACAGCGUCCACCCAGACUCUUCCACAGGCUUUGGUCUGACAACUUCAUCCCUGACUGGCCUGCCCCGUCAAGGCAGGUUGCAGAAGUGGAGGGUCACCAGUUUGAAGUGGUAGAUCCACAUGGGACUACACUGGUUUCCCUGGUUUCCACCUCUAGGGCUGUGCCGGGUAGUUCCCUCCUCGCUUUGGCCGUCGACGUAAGGUCAAGAGCUCUACGAAUGUCAGCAAGCUGACAUUCUCAAAAGGUAGGUCUGUUGACCUUAGGUUGAGGGCCAAAGACAAAGGUGAAUGUCACCAGAUAGCGUUCACAAAUGGAUCGGCCAGCUUCACGGGCCUCUCGGCCUCCACUGACAUCCCCAAAUGUGAACCUGGCUUCACCUAGGCGCCACCACUAGAAGCCGAUGGGCAACUUUCCCUCACCACAGAAUUCGCCUAGGGACACUCACCCGCUGCCAAAUGGGCAGCUUCCCUCCUCGGUUUGUCCGCCUGUUAAUAAACAAACUAGGCUUCCAAACCCGUUUGCAUCCCCUCGGCCAGUCUUGUAGCCUUGCGGCAUCAACCAGGCACUGAAUGCAAACCUUCCGGCAAUCCGUCCACCACCAACAGCCGCGCCAGGUCCAUUGCCAGACCUCCCCCUGCUUCAGAGCUGAAUUUCAUCCACCUUCAAGUGCGAUCCCACCAGCAAGUAAACCUCAACUUGCCUUCUCCUUGCUCCACAGCAUCCCAGCGCCGGGCGAUCGCCUCCUUCCUCCGGCCAGCUUGCCCCACGGGGCAGGGGACCACCCGAGCUGAGUGCCUCCACUGAGGCAACUGCCUCGGCCUGUGACUUGGCCAACAUUUAUACCGUCUCAGCUGCCCAAUGUUUUUGUGGCAUCACAAUGGCAGCAUCUGGGGAGGCAUCCCCAUCACCCCUCAGACCUCACAAUGAGGGGCGCAGCUCAGCAGCCAUUGGCUCCUUGGCUUUUGACCAAGGAGAUAUAUAACACCCUCCUCCCCAAUUUGUGCCAGUAUCUGUGAAGGCCACACCGGAAACCCAGUGGGGCAGGAGGGGGGCAUUUUUCAGCCCAGUGGUUGCAUUUCCCUCCACACAACACUGGUCAAACACACAAAUGAACAGAACAAUGAAAGUGAGUCUCAUCUAUGCACUGGAAUCUUUUCAAGGAGUGACAUGCAGGGAGAAAGUUAUCAUCUCAGGAAAAAAGCACCAUUUCAUCAAAAAAUCAUUUAUUGUAUUUGACUAAAAGCCAUUAAAGAUCCAGUUCCAGAAGCAGCCAAUCCAAUAAAACCUAUUAAGAAAGACCCAGAAACAAGCAACUAUUUACAAUAACUCAAAUUAAUGAAUUCCAAUAAGGCUGUUUUAUAUGUGACAAGCAUCUCAGUCAGGUAAUAGCCAACCUAUUUUCCCUUCUGGGUUCUGUCCCUUUAGCGGUGCCAACAUCUUUUCCAAAAAUCUCUCUGGGGUUUUGAUAGAGCUGACCAUGGAGUAUGCAAUGGGGAAGAUCUUCUGCUUCACUGACCCCACAAAUUGCCUUUCAGGAACGGCCGGAGCCGGCGAAGUUUCCCCCGAGACCAGCCGUGA